AUGGAAGGGAUCCGGUUAGAAGAUACUCCUCGCUCAGAUGCCUUUCGGCAACUCCACGACGCAGAGGAACUAGAACAAUUACGGCGAUACAAAGAUUUUACCACUAUUGAUUGGAUCCAAGACUCAAUUCUCGAGCGUAAUCGACGUCUAAGGACCUCGCGCGAUAUUCAGUCCUCACUUCGAGAUGCACAGGGGGGUAUCAAUCCUCCAUGGGCGAAGGCUCAAAUACAAAAAUUGAUAGCUACCGGGCAAAGCUGGUUUGUUGUGAGCCUUGUAGGCGCGUGCAUUGGGAUGAAUGCUGCCCUUAUAUCUAUCAUUACGGAAUGGCUUUCCGACUUGAAGAUGGGUUAUUGUGUGGAUGGGUGGUGGCUAAACCAGCAAUUCUGCUGCUGGGAAAUCGAUGGGGAGGAAGAAAGUGCUUGCGCAUCCUGGAGGCCAUGGAGCGCGUAUUCACCUGGUCGAUACUUGGUCUAUGUAUUGCUAGCGAUGCUGUUUUCUCUUAUCUCAGCGCAUUUGGUCGACUCAUUUGCAAAGUAUGCUGCUGGGUCCGGAAUCUCAGAGAUAAAGUGUAUCAUUUCUGGGUUCUCUCGCAGCCAAGGGAAGAUGCGUGAGAUUUUGACGGCCGCAUCUGCUGCUGGAGUCGCUGUCGCUUUCGGAUCGCCAAUCGGGGGCGUUAUGUUUUCCAUCGAGGAAAUGAGUCACACAUUUAGUAUCAAGACCAUGUGGCGUAGCUUCUUUUGUGCGCUUGCUGCGACUGGCACUCUUUCUGCCAUGAACCCGUUUCGAACUGGCAAAUUGGUAUUGUUCCAAGUGACCUAUGAUCGUGAUUGGCACUUCUUUGAGAUCAUAUUCUUUGUUAUUAUUGGUAUCUUUGGGGGUUUAUACGGUGUUCUAGUUAUCAAGUUCAAUUUGCAAGUUGCCGCGUUCCGAAGAAAACAUCUGGUUGGCUAUGGGGUCGAAGAAGCUGUCUUCCUCGCGACAAUCACAGCAAUUGUCAGUUACUUUAACAGAUUUUUGAGAAUUGAUAUGUCCGAAAGCUUGGGUAUUCUUUUUAAAGAAUGCGAAGGAGGCGGUGAUUACAACAAUCUCUGCCAAUCUUGGGCUCAGUGGCCAAUGGUCAACUCCUUAUUCUUGGCAACUCUUGUUCGCACCGUCCUUGUAAUUUUAUCUUAUGGAUGCAAGGUUCCGGCGGGUAUUUUCGUCCCAUCAAUGGCUAUUGGCGCUACAUUUGGUCGAAUGAUUGGCAUUAUUGUCAAAGCAAUGUAUACAACAUACCCCACCUCUUCUUUCUUUUCCUCCUGUCGCCCCGAUAUUCCAUGCAUCACACCUGGAACAUAUGCGCUCUUGGGCGCGGCAGCUGCAUUAAGUGGAAUUAUGCGGAUUACCGUGACCGUAGUAGUUAUCAUGUUCGAAUUAACUGGCGCGUUGACUUAUAUAUUACCAACUAUGAUUGUGAUUUUAGUGACAAAGGCAGUCGGUGAUUGUUUUGGAGGUGCCCGCGGGAUUGCCGACGAGAUGAUCCGCUUUAAUGGUUACCCAUACCUUGAACGUGAUGAGCAUUCCUUUAACAUUCCGGUGUCAGGUGUUAUGCAAAGGGAGUUGCAUACUAUGUCUAUCACUGGUAUGACACUCCAUGAAGUCGAGGAGAAGCUUGAACAUACAACCGUCCAAGGAUUCCCCAUAGUAACCACGGACCCACAGAAAAUAUUGAUAGGGUAUAUAGGCCGAACUGAGUUGCGCUAUGCAAUCGGCAAAGCUCGAAGAACGCGAGAUAUUCACCCGAGCACACUUUGUAAUUUUGAGCCCCCUUCCAUCGACGAGUCUCAGGCGCACGAUGCCACCGUGGACACGGAUGUCGUACGUGAAUUAGCAGGUGUGGAAGAAGACGACCAUGCGGGUAUUACUCCCCUUGCUGCCUCAGCAGACAUAAUACAAUUUGGUCCCUGGGUAAACCAGACCCCUCUAUGUGUGGGACCCCAGCUCCCGCUUGAGAUAGUUACGGAUCUAUUCAACAGAAUGGGGCCACGAGUCAUACUUGUUGAGCAUCACGGAAGUCUGGCAGGGUUGAUAACAGUCAAAGAUGUACUUCGCUUUAUGGCGUCUAGUGAGCAUGCGCAUUCAGCUACAGGGUCAGUUUGGGACAACCCUGGGGAACUCGAUGCUUUGCUAGAGGAAGCUUGGCUGUGGGCAGGGAACCUUUGGCGAUCGAUAUUAGCUACGAGUCGUCGCAUUGUUCGACGAUAA